ACUUCCUUCAGUGGCGAGCAGACAGAAAACACCCUCAGGUGCUUUCAGAGGAUUGUCCCUGGUGAUCAGAGCAGAUGAAUCAGCCUUUCAGAGGAGAGAUCUUUUGAAUUUGAUUCAGAGUGCUGAGAGAUUUCUUGGAGUCUGGAAAGUUUGGACUUGAACCUAAAAACUCGAUCAAACUAGAAAUAGUUUUGUUGAAUCUGCAGGUGUUUUUAUUCUGUGAUUCUGGAAUAUUAUGCACGUCGGCUGCUUCUAAGACCAUGAAAGGGGGACUACACCUGGACCACCAUGCUGGGCCAGAGCGUCCGGCUGCAGCCGGUCUGCAUCCAGAGCCUGUCGGAGCUGGAGCGGGCCCGGCUGCAGGAGGUGGCCCUGUACCACCUGGAGGAGCGGGACCUGGACUUCAAGAUCUCCAUUCCCAGAGAAAUACGCAAGCGGAGAAAAUCUCUACGCAGGAAGUUUGACUCAUUUUCAAAGGAAAAGAAGGAGCGAGAGUCGGCCCCCAAGGCCUUCGGCAUCCCGCUCUCCCAGGUCAUCGCCAACGACCGGGCGUACAAGCGGCGGCAGGACGCCCUGAAGGAGAGCCGGCGCGACUGCCUGGACCUGGAGGCCAGCGUCCUGCGCUUCCGCGCCGAGAAGCGGCAGUUCUUCAACGGGACCAAGCCCCUGGUCGGCUCCGCCUCCAUCACGGGCGGAGGCCCCGCCUCGCCGGCCGCCAACUCCGUGGCGCCGGCGCCGCCCUGCGAGAGCAAGCCGCUGUCGCCGACCUUCCUGGACAACAGCGGCCGAGGACAGAGGAGGGGCGGCCUGUCGGUGGACUCCAUCUCCGACCUGGUGGAGAGCCAGUCCCGCCUGCUGGAGGCGCUGCAGCUCUCCCACCCGGCCGAGCUGGAGCUGAUGAAGACCCAGGGGGGCUCCUCGGAGGGGCGGACCCAGACCAAGCUCAGCCUCAACCCCAUCUACCGGCAGGUGCCCCGGGUGGUGGAGCGCUGCUGCAGCCACAUCGAGAACCACGGUCUUCAAACAGUUGGAAUUUUCCGAGUUGGGAGUUCAAAGAAACGAGUGCGACAGCUGCGGGAGGACUUCGACGUGGGCGUGGACGUCCAGCUGGACGAGGAGCACAGCGUCCACGACGUGGCCGCGCUGCUCAAGGAGUUCCUGAGGGACAUGCCGGAUCCGCUGCUGCCCCGGGAGCUGUACCCCGCCUUCCUGCACGCCAACCUCCUGAGAGGCGCCGACCAGCUGCAGUACCUGCAGCGGCUGCUCUACCUGCUGCCGCCCUGUAACUGCGACACGCUGCUGCGCCUCCUCGGCCUGCUGCACACCGUGCAGAGCUUCGCCCAGGACAGCGUGGGGACCAACGACGAGGAGAUCACCGGGAACAAGAUGACGGCCGCCAACCUGGCGGUGAUCUUCGGGCCGAACCUCCUGCAGAGGGAGCGCGGCGGCGACGGGAGUCCUCACGCCAUGGGCAUCGAGGACAGCACGGCCAUCAUCAGCAUCACGCUGCUGCUCAUACAGAACUACAAGAGGCUGUUCACGGUUUCCGCUGAGCUCCAGCAGGAGGUGCUGAUGAGCCUCAUCCAGACCGACCCGGACAUCAUCGACUACCUGCUGCGCAGGAAGCUCAGCGGCAGCCACCUGACCGUGGAGGGCGGCGGCGAGUCGGGGGGCCGGCGGGACACCGGGGCCUCCCUGGACUCCGUGGGGGCGUCCAGCGGCAGCCUGUCCCCGCUGGAGCCGCCGUCGCCGCUCUUCCCUCCGGACGGCAGCGGCGGCGAGGGCAGCCUGACCAGCGAGGUCUUCCUCAACGUCCUGAAGCUGAACCAGAACAGGAAGCGGCAGGACAGCCGAUACGGCGAGACCCCUGCAGGUAAAUCCAUCCGCCACAUGCGUCAGUUCCACUCCCACCACAACCUGCUGAGCCUGGCCCAGCCCCCCUCCAGGCUCCAGGGUCCGGACUGCGACCCCCCGGAGCGCCGCGGCCCGCUGGGCUCCACCCUGAGCUUCACCCUGGGGGUCGGGGGCGGGGGCGGCGGGGGCGGCUGCUCCGGCGACGGCGGCAGCAUCUGGGUGAGGCAGCAGACCCCGCAGGCCGAGGAGGCCAAGACCAACUUCUGGGACUUCUUCACGGGGAAGGUCUCCGGGUCGGAGACCGUGGUAUGAUGGAGGGCGAGGACCGGGCGGAGCAGCGCCUCCUGCUGCCUCCACAGAGACCCAUCGGCUGGCCCGGGCCCCCGCCGGGCUGGCCGUCCCCCCGCCGGGCUGCACAGACUCACCUUUUAUACUGAACUCACGGCGUCGUCGGCAAACAAAAUGUCUAUUUUUUAAAGUUUCAGCACGACGAUAAAAACCAAACCCUGGAAGAGCGAGCCGCCGGGACGAUCAAGAGACGAGACGAAGCUAUGAGAUUAUCUGGAAAAAGAUGCAGUAAUAAUAAUCAUCAGUGUACAUAACGUGUAUCAUCAUUUCACAGUUUUUUUGCUACUUAGAUCUACAGAACAGAGCGUAGCUGCUUGUCAUCGUCUCCACACAACACUUCUUCUGUUUUCCUGCAUUCAGUGUCUGCUGUUUUGCCUUUUUUCCUCCAUGUUUUUUUUUUUUUCUUAAUCAAAUCUCGGUUUUUAUAAAGGCAUUGUAAAUGGAGGUGUUGUCUGAACUGUGCACAGGUUACUGCGUUAAAACAUUCUGGUACUGCGACCCGAAACACCCCAGCUUGACCACACUUGGUUCUGAUGUUUUCACACUUCAGUCACGCUGUUAAAAUUAAUUUACACCAGAAAACAUCUUGUCGGCAAUUUUUUAAAUACUGACCUUGGCGUGGGAAGUGUCGUACGCCACUUUCAGGAAUUUAGAGCUUUGAGCAACGUUCCUAAAUGAGGCCCCAGGUCUCUAUAAACUACAACCUGAAUCCUGUCCGUUUCUCUUCUGUCCCAGUCGUUUCUGUCAAACCAUAAAAACUUUUAACAAUAUAAAAACUUCCCAACUUAAGGUUUCAGUCUGCUGUUAUUUGUACCAUCUUCCACUAAGAGUGAUUUUCCUGCCUCUGAAUCGUCGCUGAAGAGAGUUCAACUCAUCAUUCCACUGAUUUCUCUGGAA